ACAACGCAAGCGAUCUUCAUCAGGUGUCAAGAACAAAUCACGGAGGUAAAUACAGUUGUCCCUCACUAUAACGCGGUUCACCUUUCGCGGCCUCGCUGUUUCGCGUAUUUUUUUUAGUGUAAUUUUGCAUGCUUUUUUUUCCUGCGUACAGUAUGAACGCACAUUGUGUUCGGCGUCCUGAUUGGCUACGGGAGAACUGCACAUGUGUUCUGCGUCCUGAUUAGCUAAGGGAGUACAGAAUGCGUUCGGCUAGCCAGAUUUACAUAAAUGUUCAAUCGCUAGCAGUGUGACUCUGAAGUGCUGUAUGUUUGCAAGUUUUCUACCCGAAAAAAACCCAUAAUGUCGAUGAAACAAACUGCAAGGAAAAAGGCACCUGCAGUCGCACCCAAAAGGCAGAGGAAGAUGCUAACCAUCGCAGAAAAAGUUGGACUUCUGGACAUGCUAAAGGAAGGUAGACGUUACGCGGUUCGUUACAUAAAGAAGGAGGAAAAUAACAUAAGGACGACGGCAGCAAUAAGUUUUAACAGGGAUGCAAAAAGGUUUGUAACUGUCCGCAACAAGACCAUUGUAAGGAUGGAGUCUGCUUUAGCUCUGUGGAUCAGUGACAGCAGGAAAAAGAACAUUCCGCUGGACACCAACAUCAUCCGCACAAAAGCUAAAAAACUUUAUGAAACCUUUGCUGACAGCGAGGAGCAAGAUGAUGCGGAGCCCGGGUCAUCAAAGAGUGCUUUUCACGCAGAACCAAGCCCAUUUAAUGCCAGCAAGGGCUGGUUUGACAAAAUCCAGCAACGCUUUGGACUUAAAAGUGUUUCUCUACAUGGAGAGGCCGCCUCUGCAAAUACCGCUGGAGCAGAGGCAUACGUGAACAAAUGUAAAGUGAUCAUCGAAGGGGGAUAUAAGCCUGAUCAAGUUUUUAAUAUGGAUGAGACAGGCUUAUUUUGGAAACGAAUGCCCUCUCGCACCUUUAUAAUGCAGGACGAAGCCAAAGCCUCUGGAUUUAAAGCCCAAAAAGAUCGUGUGACUCUGGUUAUGUGUGGAAAUGCUGCGGGCUUUAUGAUAAAACCAGGGCUUAUUUAUAGGUCAAAAAAUCCGAGAGCCCUAAAAAACAAAAAUAAGAAUGCGUUGCCCGUUUACUGGAUGCACAUUGCAAAGGCUUGGAUGACAAAAGUGCUCAAUCUGGAUUGGUUCCAACAUUAUUUCAUUCCGGAAGUCAAGCGUUACUUGAGAGGAAAAGGACUAGAUUUUAAAGUGCUUCUGCUCGUGGACAAGGCCGGAGGCCACGCUGAUGAUUUGUCGUAUGAUGGUGUGCAAAUUGAAUUUCUCCCGCCAAACACCACAUCGCUGAUUCAGCCCUUGGACCAAGGCAUCAUCCUCGCUUUCAAAGCGCUCUAUACGCGCAACACCCUGCAGCAUCUUGUUGAGGCUAUGGACUCGGAUCAAGAUUUCUCACUAAAGGCCUACUGGCGUGAAUACACGAUUGCAUCAUGUCUCCAAAAUAUUCAGAGGGCCAUUCAUGAGAUGAAAACUGAAACUUUAAAUGUCUGCUGGAAAAAACUGUGGCCAGAGGCAGUGCACAACCCCACCGGAUGCUCUCUUGAUGAGAUCCAUCACUCUGCGGUAGAUACAGCUGUGAAUCUGGCUAAACAGCUUGGGGGAGAUGGCUUUAAUGAUAUGACUCUCGAUGACAUUAAUGCCCUGAUUGAUGCCCACUCACAACCGCUGACUGAUGAAGACCUGGCAGAGAUGACAAAGCCACCAAGUGAGGAUGAUGGAGAAGAGGAAGAAGAGGACACAAGUGUUGAUAAAGAGGAGGAGGAUGGACUAACACUUGAUCGCUUGGCGACCAUGGUGAGAAUGGCCACUGAACGUCAGAGAGCUGCACAAGAAUGGGACCCUUUGAUGUUCCGUUCAUUACAGUUCUCAAAUAUAAUCAAAGGUGGCAUGUCUGUUUAUAAGAAUCUUCUGGCCCAGAAGAAAAAACAGUGCCAACAACUACCCAUAACUAUGUUCUGCACUCGGAAAAAAACACCUGCACCAAGGCCUUCAGAGGAAAAAGACGUUACAGCGGAGCGGCGCCAGGACAAAGAGGCACCUUCAGAGGAACUGUGAAAUACGCGAAUUACUGGUAAUAAUUUCUUAUGUGUCAAACCUCGUAGAUUGAUCAUUAAAAUUAAAUUUGUUAAAAAUGUUUGGGCUUGAAAACAGGUUUUGAUCUUUGGUUUAAUUUACUAAUUUUGUACUUAUUUUUUUAAAUCUGUGAAAGUUUGAACUUUGAGAGUGUUUAAAUAAGAGAGAAAUGUGAGAAAAUGUUAAUCCCUGUCUGAGAAAAGUGUAUAAAAGUGUGUGGUUAGGGGUUUUACGGCCUUGAAACAUAUAUAAUUGUAAAAAAUAAAGCUGAUUACUUCGCGGA